AUGUUGAGAGCAGGUGUGGCGAAGGCUGCGAGUGCUGCGAGUGCCUUUUUCAAGACCUUCCAAAUAGAAGGCAAUCAAGGAGGGGCGCCAGCAGCCUCCAUUGACACCACGGCGAGUGGUGCUCAUCUCGUCCAGGAGCUCCUUUCCAACAAGAAGCUGACGGACGAGAUAACUUUGAAACCCACGAGGAAUGGGUGGGUCCAAUCGGGCCGUCUCUACGACAUCCUCAUGAAGGAUGCCCAGGUCGGCAAGGAGACCCACGUGUCCACCGAGGGCGGCUUGGUACAAUUUUCCGUGGAAGACAUUUCGGUCGACGUCGAAUGCCAGUAUGACCUGCGACUCUCGAGUUUCGGCUACAAGGAGACAGGCAACGUGAAGGCCCGAUUGUUCGGCGCCUCCAUGUUGCUGGACUUCCCCAUCGAGGGCUCCGGGCCCGGAGGCUGCCACUUCGGCAAGGGCCUCGACCUCGAGGUCCUGAACGCCACGAGCGACCAUGAUGCGCUCAACGUCGCGAUCACCAACAUCUUGGCCAACAACAUGUUGGACCUCCGGACCGAAAUCGUUCAGGAGAUGGAGAGCGGCUUAUGCCGCAACCUGCUCGAGCCCCGUGCGGAACAGCCCACAUUCAUGCACAAGCCGCUGGGCAAAGGGGAGUCCAUGUGGCCCCUGGUGCUUGGAACGAUUUUCCUGUUCUUCGCAAUGUUAGUUGCUGCUUUUCUUGCUGGUCGCCAGAGUGUUUACUUCGGUUUUUGUUCGUGUUUGUCCAGAUGUUGUGGCUGCUUGGCGCCACAAGCGUGGUCCCACACAGAGGGCCACACAAGCUCCGAGGAGUCUGGUUCUGAUGUAGAGAAUCAGUUUUUGGGGCUGUCGAACGUGACCCCCGUUCUUCGGAAGUGA